UUCUUAUAAUACAAAAUUCAUAAUUGUAUUAUAUAAAUAUAUGGUUACUAGAACAAAAUUUACACAACUGGUAAAAGGCAUUUUCCAUGCAUUAAUCUGAUCUCAAACCGGCUCGAUCGCAAUUGAGAAUAACUAAAAAGAAUGUUUCUGGUUAAUGCAAACAUUUAAUUAUAAUCAUGAACGGGUCUCUUUUAAGAGACAUUUUUAGCUAAAUUUAAUUUUUACUUCCUAUUGAAAUAUUUCAUUAAAUUUGAAAAAAAAAUCUAUUCACUUUUUCUAUGGUAAUUAUACUAAUUUCUCUUCUACUACUUCUAAUUUUAUACACAAUCUUUUUUGACGUACCAUCUUUUGCUUUGGUACACAUUAUAUUCAGAUAAUCCCACCUGAAUGCUUCACCACAUGCUUCUAUAUAUCUCCGCUUUACUUACCUUUUCUUUGCUUUUGCUAUUUUAAUUCCCUGCAAGUUGUCUUACCUUUACUAUGAUUCAUUCUAAGCUUGUCUGUUUCGAAGAAAAAGACGAGCUGUUACGUUCGCUGCAUUACCGUUGUCUCUGUCGUCAUGCAAAAGCAUAAAUACAUUCGUAGUAGUACAAAUAUUUAAAUAGGAAAAAGGAGUUAGCUUAGAAUACAUGCUAAUUACGACAACAUAUAGUUGUUAGACAAGGGGCAUUAUUCUUUGAGUUAUAAUUUUUAAUUAUACUACGGUUUAGAAUUAAUUUUGUAUUUUUAAAAUAUAUUAAAUGGUAGAUAUUUUCUUUAUCGAGUGAGCAUUAACAUCGAAUUUGAUGCUUUUGUUAUUAACAAGUGUGCAGAAUCAAAACUGUGUUUGCAAAAUUGUGAUAUUGCUUAAAGCUUAUUAUCAUUAUUUUAUGAUCGUAUCAUGCUUUAUCUUUUUUGUUAAAUUAAAGAUAUGUAAAGACAAAGUACGACUAGAAGCUAAUAUUAUCGAUUUUUAUCAUUUAAAGUUAUGUCGAAAAAGCUGAAAGGGCAUUUGAAGCAGGGGGAUUUACUAUUAGAAUAAUCAAAACCUCUAUAUCUCUUCUGUAAUAGCCUGAAUACUUAUUUUUCUGUUUUAAAGAAAAGAAGUGUCUCAUAAACAUGUUCAUGUAUAAGCAUAGUAUUACAUAAUGCAAUGUCCAUAUUUUUUUGUGGUAACAUCUUGUCUAUGGUGCAAAUACCAUAUCACAUUAUAACAUAACUCGUAUUUGAUAUCUUCAAAUACAUGUGCGUGUGUUGCCUUCAUAUCAAUGGGCAACGAAUUCAGCAAUAAUAAUAUAUAUACACAUCCAAUCACUGUUUCUCAGAUUUAAAUUCUGCUUGUGGACUGGCAAACACUGAUCUUGUCUUCAUAUUGGACACAUCAACAAGUGUAACGGAAGAGAAAUUUGUCAGGAUGCUUCAGUUUUGUAAAGAUAUAAUCAAUAGAGCUGAUAUUGACGGCGGAAAAGUCCGUAUUGGUGCCAUGGUAUUUAGCUCUCGCCCAGAAAUUCAGUUUAAUCUCAAGACUUUCUCGAGCAGGAGUAACAUAUUCGAUGCUAUAGACGAAAUAAACCUUAUGUCCGGGAAUACAAAUACUGCAGACGCUAUUAGAUUAGCUAGAAAACGGAUGUUUACUCCAGAAAACGGAGAUAGGUCAGACGCCGAUAAUGUUAUAAUGUUAAUAACAGAUGGGACAUCAAAUAUUAACGCGCAAAAUACCAUCCCUGAAGCCAAACUUGCACAUUCUCAAGGAAUACAUAUAUUUACCAUUGGCGUUGGUAUUGCUGACAAUCGUGAGAUUAAGCGCAUUGCUUCGGAUCCGUGGCAAGAAAAUAGUUUUUCUAUCAGAGAUUUUGAGGAACUUACUGAUUUGGCAGAAAGUUUAUAUUUGCCUGAAUGUCCAGGUAAAUCUGUCGUAACAUUAACAUAUUUUAUAUAUUCAUAUAUUGGUUGGGUAACGUUUAAAUGUCUUAUUCAAUCUAUAUUUUGCGUACUUACUCAAACUUAAUUUUAUUUUUUGA